AUGUUCUUAUCUAUCUAUGUAUCUGGCUGUGCUAGCUCACAUCUAUCUAUCUAUCUAUCUAUCUAUCUAUCUAUCUUCAUCUAUUUUCAUGUAUCUAUCUAUAUUUCUACUUAUCUAUCUAUCUAUGUCUAUUCUGAUCUAGCUAUCUAUCUUUGUACAUAUCAGUAUACAUUAUAUCAUUGUACUUACCGAUUUAUCUAUCUCUAUCAUUGUUGGCUGAGUAUGCUCACAUCUAUCUAUCUAUCUAUCUAUCUGACUGAGUAUCUAUCUAUCUAUCUAUCUAUCUAUCUAUCUAUCUAUGACUUAUCUAUCCAGCCAUUUAUGUUCUUUUCUUUUUAUCUAUCUAUGUAUGUACUUAUCUAUCUAUUUAUCUAUCUGUCUAUGCCAUCUCUGCGUUCCGAAUUCACAGUUUUCCUCAUUAUUCAGCUAAAUUCUUCAGGCCCUUUCUUUUCUUUGUCUAGCCGGUUCCUUUAUUUUUAUUUCCUUCCUUCUUACACUUAA